GCCAGGCAGGAGGAGGACAAAAGCUGCCUGGAAAAUUGCCAGGUGUUAAGAGGAGGCAGCAGAAUGGGGGAAAACCUGGAGCUGACAAGAGAUGGAAACAGGACCGUGUUGUGAGCAGAGCUGGCUGGGAAUGGCAGCAAAAACCCUCUCCCUGUGGGCUGGAGAGAAGGAAGGAUGAACAGAGCAGGAAGCCUUGCCCAAAGGCUGGGAAAACCAAGCCAAAAUCAAUGCUUGGUGCUGCCAGUCUCCCGCAGACGGGAGUUUGGGAUGAAGGAAGCUGUGCUGGAGACAGGCUGCUCAAGCCAGCGGGGUCUCAGGGAGGGGCAGGACCCCCAGGAACUGCCUGAGGAUGGGCACCAGGGCAGAUGGGCACCGGGAUGUUCCCUGGCAGUGGAUGCCAGGCUGGGAUUUCCAGGAGAUGGAAACCCUUUGGAAGCAGCAAGAGGAGCUUCCCGUCGGUAUGGGAUGGGGGGAAUGGCAGGGAAUUCUGGCUGCAGGUGGAAGAGACAACGUGUCAAAGUGUGAUUAAAUCAUGGGGUUAUUAAAUGUUAUUUCUGGCUGUCUCUGUCCCCCCUGAGGGGAUGCUGCCCCAUCCACACCGCUCCUUGUGUGGGUUUCCCUUCAGGAUCCCAGCUCCAGCCUGGAGCAAGGAUUAUAGGAUGAUUCAGGGGACAGGACAUUUCAUCCCAAUCCCCUGCCAGGGGCAGGGACACUUCCAGAGGAGACCCAGCACCCUCUCUCCAUCACCCUGCAGGGCACAGCUGUGGCUGAGGACACUCAGAGAGGUCACCUGGCACCGAGCCCAGCACCCACUGUGGGAGAUAAGUGGGAUUGACACGUGCUCAACACCACGGCUCUACCAGGAACCCACGAAGCACUGACGUCUCGGGGUGGGUGACGAUUGUCCUGUCCCUUCUCCACCAGCUGCUGCCAGCAGAUAACGCCUGGCUGGGGACAUGGAGCCACCCAGACAGCACAUCCCAGUGCCUGGCUGGGGGAACGGGGUGAGCAGAGGAGAAACACGUCCCUGCUUCCAGCUGGGAUCGCUUUGCUGGCUGAGCUGUCUUUCUGGAAGCCGGUUGCUGCUCCGGGCAUCUUCACGGGUGUUGGAGCAGAGCAAGGGAAGCAUCGCAGAGGGAUAUUUUUAGAUGCUCUUUGUGCUCAGAGAGCAAAACCAGGCUGUGGUUUAACGGCCAUUAGCUGCUGGGCAUGUUUGAAGAGCUGAAGUAGGGCUGAGGAUUCAGGGACACGUUUGACACGAUGGGAUGGAGCAGCUUUGCAGACAGGACGGCAAUUUUUGGGCUGAGCAUUGAAGUGAAGAUCCCAAGAGGAGCCUGGAUCUGGGCAGCCCAGCCCGUUUAGCUGCCACGCGGGGCCAGGCUGGCUGAUCCCCCAAAAGGACGUGUUCACGUUGUUUGUGGGGUGACAUUUGCUCCAGUGGCUGCGGAAGAGGUGCGGGAAAAGAGCAGACAAGAGAUCCGCAUGUCAGACCACAAGGACCCCAGCGAUGGGGAUCCAGAUCCCCAGCACGGCAUUACUGUGGUCUUCCUCCUUGUCCUUGUCUUCUUCAUCAUGGGGCUGGUGGGGUUCCUGAUCUGCCACGUCCUGAAGAAGAAGGGUUAUCGGUGCCGGACUUUCCGGGAUGAGCUUGACCCAGAUGACAAAGAAGGGGUGGAGGAGCUCGAGGAUGAUGAGGACAAGAACGAUGACACCGUGGAGAAGAUCGUGAGAUGCAUCAUCCAAAACGAAGCAAAUGUGGAGGCCCUCAAGGAGAUGUUGGGGGAAAAUGAAGGGGACGUACCAGUGCCGGUGCCAGUGCCCAGCCUGUGUCCCCACAGUAGCAGCCAGGACGGGGGCCCACCACAUCACCACACGGUGCACCUGGGCUCCACGCAGGCCCCCUGCAUCCACUGCAGCAGGAGGAAGAGGCACCCGCUGCAGCGCCAGGGCCGGUCCAAGGAGGGCAAAAGCAGGAUGCAUCCUGGAGAGACCACCGUCUUCUCAGUGGGCAGGUUCCGUGUCACACACAUCGGGAAGAGACCGCCGGUCCAGGAGCAGCACGACGGCGCGCUGCCCGCCGGCAGCCGGCAGCCGAGCACGGAGGAGCUGGAGCGCAGCAGCGAGAGGCUGCAGUGGGAACGGGCUCUCAACGGGACUGUCCCCACGGGUGGCCUGCAGAACGGAGCCAUCCAGACGGGCACCCAGAGCACGGGCAGAAGCGCGGAGCAAAGCCUGUCCGCCAGCCCAGCCGCGAACACACCAGCCAGCUCCGGCACCCGUGACAGCCGGCGGGCGGACGUGGGCUCUGGCCCGCUGGGCUCCGGCCCUCUGGGCUCCAGCCCACUGGGGUCUGGCCCGCUGGGGUCCGGCAGAGCCGGGUCCAGCCUGGUGGGGCCCGGCCCAGCGGGGUCCCUGAAGGAUGCUGGUUCUGCUCCCGGGAGCUCGAGCCGCCAGCGGAGGCUCAUGAGCAUGCCGGCGCUGGGAGUGUCGAGUCCCAACAUCCCAGGAGAGCUGGCAAGGGAAGGAGCCGGCAUCUGCCUGGAGGAGAUCGGACUGGCGUCGGCAGAUGAAGUGUCGGAUAUUCACGGGAGCCUGAGCCUGCAGGAACAGGCCGAUGAGUUGGGGAGAGAUGACAGCAGCAGGAGACAGUCAGGAGGGGAGGACGGGAAGCAGCAGGAGCCCAGUGCCGAGGAGCAGGACCGCGUGUGACCUCCUCUCCGCUCCCGGCUGGAGCGUGGACGGGAGGCGUGCAGCUCCUGGACCCCGCGGGGCUGGGGGCUCUGCCGUGGGGCAGCCACGGGGCAGCCGGCCCCGGGUGGGCAUCUACGCGCUUGGCAUGGCCGGAGCGACGCGCCGGCGUCACCGACAACCGCGCUCGGCGCCAGCCUUCAUCCCAUUGGCAAUAGGUACCCGAGUCCCUCCGCAGCCUCCCCGGAGACCCCCUCCGAGGGACCCUCGGGCCUGGCAGGGGCAGGACAGCACCCCGAGCCCGCUGCCCCCGCGGCCCCCCAGCUCCGGGGGAAGGAUCAGAGGGGGCCGCGGCGAGGGGCAGGGAUGGAGGCGGCGGCUUGAGCCCCCCCCGGGGCGGUGGGGAGCACCCACCCACCCCAGCCACCCGGCACAUUGACCACAGAGCACAGCUCCCUGCCCCCGGGCACGCAGAGCGGGCACAGGCACAAACCCUGCACUAGCAGGUCCCUGGGAGAUGCUGGCGGAGAGAGGAGCUUCCAGCCCCAUCCCGGCACAGGAGGGGCCGGAGCCCAGCCCUGGGGGCACGAUGGCCCCUGGCCAGGCCAGCGGGCAGCCCCGGGGCCCGCGCCAGCUUCGGUGUGUAAUGCCCUGUACAUAGAUGAGCUACAACCAUUAAAGCUGCUGAACCCCUC